UGGCACGCGGUAGCUUCUCACUUCCUGGUUGAAGAUGGCGGAUGAGAAUGAGACAGCACCGAUGCCGGAGAAAGAAAAUGUAGAGGACCACGGACACUGCAGCGAUUGUGAAAAUGAAGAACAUCACUUUGAAGAUGGUGACAGGGGUCUGGGUGACGACACUGGUGCCAAGAAAAAGAAAAAGAAGCAGAAAAAGAAGAAGAAAUCUGGUGCCACAGAAGCAGCUCAGGACCCCCUUGCCAAGGUAAAUUCGUUGCCAGCUGAUAAGCUACAGGAGAUCCAAAAGGCCAUUGAACUGUUCUCUGUAGGACAGGGUCCUGCCAAAACCAUGGAGGAGGCCACCCGGAGGAGUUACCAGUUCUGGGACACACAGCCAGUGCCCAAGCUAGGGGAGACGGUGACAUCACAUGGCUCUAUUGAACCCGACAAAGACAACAUUCGUGAGGAGCCUUACAGCCUCCCGCAGGGCUUCAGCUGGGACACCCUCGACUUGGGGAUCCCUGCUGUGCUGAAGGAGCUUUACACCCUUCUCAAUGAAAAUUAUGUUGAAGAUGACGACAACAUGUUUAGAUUUGACUACUCCCCCGAGUUCCUGCUCUGGGCCCUGCGGCCCCCUGGCUGGUUGCCCCAGUGGCAUUGUGGAGUCAGAGUUAACUCCAACCAGAAGCUAGUUGGUUUCAUCAGUGCCAUUCCUGCCACCAUCUGUAUCUACGAAAUAGAAAAGAAAAUGGUUGAGAUCAAUUUUCUGUGCGUCCACAAGAAGCUUCGCUCCAAACGAGUCGCUCCGGUUCUGAUCAGAGAAAUCACCAGACGGGUCAACCUGCAGGGUAUCUUUCAGGCUGUUUACACUGCUGGAGUGGUACUUCCCAAACCUGUGGGCACAUGCAGGUAUUGGCAUCGCUCUUUGAACCCACGCAAGCUAAUUGAGGUGAAGUUCUCCCACCUGAGCAGGAACAUGACUAUGCAGCGCACCAUGAAGUUGUACCGUCUGCCUGAAGCUCCUAAGACUCAAGGUCUGCGGCCAAUGACAAAGAAGGAUGUGCCGGUGGUGCAUCGCCUCCUCCGUGAGUACUUGAGCCAGUUCCACUUGGCGCCUGCUAUGAACCAGGAAGAGGUAGAACACUGGCUGCUUCCUAGAGAGAACAUCAUUGACACUUACCUGGUGGAGAGUGAAGGCAAAGUGACUGAUUUCCUGAGUUUCUACACACUGCCCUCUACCAUCAUGAACCACCCUGUGCACCGCAGUCUAAAAGCAGCAUACUCCUUCUACAAUGUGCACACCACCACCCCACUGCUCGACCUAAUGUCUGAUGCCCUCAUUCUGGCCAAAUCGAAAGGGUUUGAUGUCUUCAACGCACUGGAUCUAAUGGAAAACAAGACUUUCUUGGAGAAGCUUAAGUUCGGCAUUGGUGACGGAAAUCUACAGUAUUAUCUGUACAAUUGGAAGUGUCCCAGCAUGGGCCCGGAAAAGGUUGGGUUGGUUCUGCAGUGACAUCCCUUUACGUCACAAACGAGUGUCACCAACAGGCCAGGAGACUGCACCAUCACACUGACCACCUGACGAGAUGGACUGAUGACCUCCUGCUUCAUGAGAGGAAAAGAAACCCACCACCCAUUUUUACUUUUUGACCUUCUGAACAUUGACCUGCACUACCGCUGCCAGGCGGGGAGGCCAGGAGAGCAUUCCCGCUCUUCCUCCUCCUUCGAUCACAGGGACCUUAAGCCAUUGUAGUUAUCAUCCCAAACAAGUGUAUUAAAUCUGAGAGCUGUCUUGAUUGUACCAAACACAGACACAGACACACACACACACACACCCACACACACACACACACCCCCACACGUGAGAACAGUUUGCACAGAAUACUGUAUACCAAACACUCAAUGGUUGGCAUACCUACAAAAACAGACAACAUGUAAAUAAAAUCAAACAUAACUGCAGGUUCUGCCCUAACACAUGCAGACUAAAACCUACUGUUUUAUUUUACUGCUUAAUGUUGGAAGUGCUUUUUGCAAUUAACUCUGUCAUCCCUCAGUUUUUAGAGAUAAAAAAAAAAUCAAAAUGAUCAAACUAUUUUCAAGAAGAAAAGGCUUAAGAAGUGGAGGUAAUAAAUACCAAAAGUGGACACCAGAUAAGGGCUUUUGUUAAGAUUUCUCUUGUCAUGCUUGACCACGUGUCUUCUUUGAUUUUUUUUCCCAUCAACUUUUAUGUUCUCCCAGUCAUGAAGUUUUUUGAAGCACUGCUUGAAGAAGACAUUCAUGUUAGAGCUGCGCGUACAUCUUCUGGAGAUCUUCUCAUCUAUAUUAACUGUCAUGCUCCUCCACAGCUUACUGCACUAACUGAAGAAGCCCUGAAGCACUGACUGAUGAGAAUGGAUCAGCUUAGGAGAAACAGAACAUUAUAAUAUUUUUCAGAUGAGGUUGCAGAGGUUGAAGGCUUUUUGGUGGAGAUUACUCCACAUGCUUAUCAGCAGGGAUCAGAUUUGUUAUGACGCCUCUUGAUUUUAUUAUGCUGCAGUUUCAAUGUCCACCCUGAGGGACUCAAAAAGUAUGCAAAGACUUUAUUUAAGAUGCCUUUUAGAACUUUUCAGCUCAUUAUGCAGAUUUUCAUUAAGUUAUCACACGCAAAAGUCUUACAAUUAUAUUUCAAAUUAACUCCGGAAAGAAGAGCUGAAAGUUCUGGCAACUUGUUUACAUGCACAUAUCAUGAACUGUGUUAAGAUCUUUGCUGUUUGUGGACAUGAUCGUUGUAAGCUUUUGUGUCACUUUAAUUACCAUCUAAUGCUUUUAAAAGCUUCACUGAGGAAGUGACAACACAGAAGUACAACAGUACAAAUCAAUAUAAUGUGAAAAAUGAGCAAAGCAGCUGGCUUUUUACUAUAAUAAAGCAGUAUGAGCUCUACACUGAUCAUGUAGGAGACAUCAGUGAGGAUUCAGGAUGGAUUUUGAAACUGAGCCCAUGAGCAGCAGUCUGGAUCUUUUUUUGCAAAGUUGACUGAUGAUGAGAAUGAGUGGAGAAAUCUCCUUUAAGUGUUUGUGUGAAAUGUUGGCUCUAUUUGCAUUCAGGUGUAAAGGAAUAAUGGGUUUCAUGGUGUUAAAAUGCUGAAAUGACUUUUCAAGAUGCAGGUGAUUUUUUUGUGCAAAAAAAUAAAAUCUAGAAGUUGC